CAUAGAGCUUUCUGUUUGAGAACGAAUGCAACUCUUCGUACAUAAUAUAUUUAAAUUUUUUUUGUACCUACCGCGUUAAUAAAAAAUACUUCAAGCUGAUAAAAUGUUUUAUAAUGUGUGGAGUGAUCUGUUAUUUCUAUUAACCGUAGUCCAACUCGCCGAGUUUGUGCCGAGUAAAAAAAACAUCGACAAACUAAAUAAACUUCUAAAAAAUGAAGGAUGGGGCCGACUCAAUUACAUGCAAGUAAAAUAUCACGAUAACUCAUGCACUCGAACUUCGUUUUCGGGAGAUUACAUCUUUAUAGACCCCAAACGACCCAAUCAAUCGAAUAAUAUCACUAAAGAAAACAUGGGAAAAAAAUAUUCCAUGACGAAUAAGCUGUUGGGAUGCGUGUACGCGAAUGCUGUGUUUGAGUUCAUACUUUUGUCUAAAAGCAUCCUGGAUGAAUGUGAUUAUGAGGUACAUCUUGCGAAUCAAAGAAAAAGGUUUCAAAAACGUAGCUACAAAGAAAAAUGUGCAUCAGGUAAGAUUCUUAGUGUUGAACCUUUUCAAGUAAACCCUAAGAAUUAUCGGAAAUCUUUUAAGCUAUUUUACACCCUUAUAGAACUCUUCGAAAAAGGCAAAAAUAUGUUUGAUUACAUGUCGUGUGCGUUGAAUUUUUUGAUAGAACCGCUGAUAAAAAAUAGAACAUAUUGUGUAUUAAAGAAACAUAUAAAAUCGCUCGUAACUAGCGUGAUUGCGAUUCGUGAUGUAAAGACCACACUGCAAUAUGAAUACCCCGACGACGCCGAUGUAAAUAUUAACAAAUUUUAUCAAGGUCUAAAAAAAAUUUUAAACCGCCAAGUAAGAGAUGGUUUGUCACCUUUAAUGGAGAAAUAUUGCAUACAACUGAAAGAUGCUAAUGCUAUUAAUCUUUGUGAUAGUCUUAAUCAAAGUUCUUCGAUGGACGCAGAAACGGUAGAAGAAGAUGAAACAACCGACCAGCCCCUUGAAGAAAGUGAUCACGCUGAGGUCAAAUUGAAGAUCGAAAAACACGUGGAAAAGGUCGUAAAGGAAUACUUUUUAGAUUUAGGGUUUCAGUUAGUUUAAAUUCCAAAUUAUUUAUUUGUAAACAAAGAAUGUUUAACAAG